AUGACCACUGCUAGUGAUAUAUCCCUGAAUGCAGACAGUGAUAACUUGAAGGUUAUGGCAGCGAAAUGUGACCUGAAAGUUGCCUUAGUCGAACUGGAGUCAUCUAAAAUGAUCAUACGUGAGCUAGAAAGGUCAGUAAAUAAUCAACAACGCUUAAUAGAGUUAUUGGAUGGAAAAGACACCCAAGUUCCCAAUAUAAACAAAGUUUGCGAGGUUGCAAGCUCCUCCACAAAAUCUCAAACUUCUGGUGCUGCACAAAUAGUCGACAGAAAGAAAGAUGGACCUAAAGUGGAUAUCGUAAAUAAGACUGCAUCCAUUUGUGAUUCCGUUCCGAGGAAAAUAAAUGAAAAAACGAAUAUAGACCCGAAAAAAAUGAGUGCUGCUAUUCUUCAGGCUGAGACUCAGUCCACACUAAACCAUUUGAUAAACUUGAACAAUGAUAAGGAUAAUCAUCCCAAUAUUAUUGUGGAUAAUCAGGAAGAAUGGAGAACCGUCCACACGAAAAGAAAAUCUAGACAACAUCGAAACUUCCUUGUCGGGGAAAACUCUGAGAAGAUCAAGGGUGUUCCUAAGUUUGUCUACUUACAUGUAUGCAGAGUGGAUCCAGCGACCACAUCUGAUGAAAUGUUAGGGCAACUUAAAGCAUUUUUCCCCGAGGUCACCUGUGAGGCAAUUAAAUCCAAACAUCCAACCAUCUAUUCGUCUUCCAAGGCAAGGUCGCUCUCCAAACAGUUCAGGGAUUUUGGAGGAGUAUAUCUCUGCUGA